AUGCCGUCGGCUCUUUCGCUGCCAUCCUCUGGGCCAAUCCCACACCCCCCUGAUCCGGGCUUCGCGUGGAAAAAUGUGGAAAAAUGGGGAAAAAUGGGGAAAAAUGUGGACAAGUGGCUGGGAUGCUCAGACCAGGCCCACCAAGGCACCAAGGCACACCCUUCCCACCCACCAGAGGCAAAAAGCCCUUCUUCCGGCCUCCCCUCACCGCUCCUUGUGUGGACCCACCUCGCUCCAAGGCCCGCCCCCAAGGCCCCCAAAGCCCCCAAGGGCCCCGCUCUUCCUAACCUCCCAACGAACAGCAGUCCUCUCACCGUCUUCAUCGUGAGGACUCCCUCUUCCUCAAAGAGCGGUGUCACCAACCCUCUUCUUACAAUACUAUUGACCUUCCUAUCACAAACACACACCGGAUCCCCCACGAAAACAAUGACCUCGAAUCUCGACUUCACACCAGAGGGUCUGUUAGACUUCUACGAUCCUCGAGAUCCCCGAUACCCGUUUCCCACGCCCAUGGAGGCCCGUCCGAGCUGGCCGAUGCCUCUCGAUAUGGCAUCAGGAGCUGCUGCUGACGAGAGGCGCGAGACUUCCCCAACUCAAAACUCCCAGCAACAGUUCCCCCAGGCCGCACACAACAGCAAUAACUCGCCCUCCCUCCUCACGGACUGGCCUAUGCAGCCGCAACCGCAACCGCAACCGCAACACCUUCCCCAGUAUAUUCCCGACAACUCGCUAAUGGGAACUCAAUUCAGCACCUUUGGGGCCCCCUUCCAGACGUCUCCACUCGACUACCACCACCUGCCUACUACCACCCAGGGGAACUUCGAACCCGGCUUACAGAUGGAGGCGCCCUUCAAUGGAUUGGCACAGACUGUCGAGGCUCAAGCAGCCAUGUGGGCGAAUUGGCACGAUCUCGAGAAUGCGAUGAGCUAUGCUGGGACUCACGAUGGGCUACCGAGUACAGGGCGGGCGAGCUUGGGAAGCCUCUCGCCGACGGGAACGUAUCUGGAGGUCAUGUCGAUGCCAAGUUCGAGCAGUGACAAUGGGUGGGCCACCGUGGAUCACUUCCCCAAUUUCGAAGCCUACCAGCAGGCACAGAAUGCGGCCAUCUUCAACCCGGGGCAAACGUUACAUCUUCGAAGUCACUCUGACUCGUCGCAAUCCGAUGGAACCGGACACACCAUCGAGUCGUUCGGUAGCUUUGAGGACAUCUCCUGUUCAUUCUCACCCUACUCGCCCGCCUCAGAAACAUACAUGAACCCCGCCGAACAUCGCAACUGCUACCACGGAGAGGCCCAUCAUCACAACCACGAGAUGGUCAGCCCCGCCGCCGUCGUUGCCCCGGUACCGAUCAGGAUGUCGCCGUCGAGUAGGACAUCACCAUCCUCAACUUCUUCGCCGCCAGCAAGGAGAAACUCGGCCCCGCGCAAGAGUCCAACUGCGAAAGCCACAAAACCUGUCAUCCGCCGUACCUCGAAUGGGAAGAAGGAUACCGAAAAGCGUGUAGGACGCCGUCGCGGACCGCUGUUACCCGAGCAACGGAAACAGGCAAGUGAGAUAAGAAAGUUGCGGGCAUGUCUGAGAUGCAAAUUCUUGAAGAAGACCUGUGACAAGGGAGAGCCAUGUGCUGGUUGCCAACCUUCGCACGCCCGAUUAUGGCAGGUUCCCUGUACGCGUAUCGACAUCAAGGACAUCGGGUACUUUAUGAAAGACUGGAGAGCGGACUACGAGCGUCACGUGGGACGUGGCGUGUCUGUCUACAACAUCAAGGGCUUUGCUCAAAAGGAAGAGCUUAUCUGGAUCACCCACGGUUACGGCUUUGCCAUUCCCAUCAUGGCUCGGGAGGUAUACGUCAGCGAUGACAGCUGCUUUACGGUCGAUUGGAUCGAGACGGAGCACGACGAACCUCUGGAGUUCGAUACCCGCACCGAGCGGAUGUCGGCCGGCUCUGAGGGCGUCUCAACGGACGCGUUGUCUGAAUACCUUGACAAGCACCUCGAUGGCCCGUUCGAGGAGUUCAUUGACGAUUACUUCGAGGGUACCCCAUUCAUCACCGAGAUUCUGAAGACGGCGCACCGCUACUACAUGAAGGAAAAGGUGCCUGUCAUCCGAAAGGCGUUGAAGCUCGUGCUGGCUUACAACCUUACGCUACACGUUACCAUGGUCGAGCAGCGUGGCGAUGAGCACCCGAUGGAUGGUCUGAUCGAAGAUGAGGAGUCCAGGUACAACGGAAAGAUCAUUGCACCGGUCAUGAUCAACUUCCAGAUCAAGUGCGCACUUGCCGACAUGUGGCGUGAGCUUCAAAAGGAGAUUCUCGAGGAGCUGUCUUCGUUAUACUCUAGCGUCUACAGCGGAGAUAGACUCAAGAACUGGCCUACCAUCUUCAUGCUUGCUUCCAUCCUCCUUGCCGUGUGGGAGGAGAUGCAAUUCGACUGCCAUUACCGAGUUCCCGAUGCAGCUGUUGUCAACAAGUUCUGCAGCGAUAUGGAAACCACCCCCGUCGGUGUUAUUGUUGGUCUCUUCCACGCCAUCUCACAGAAGCUUCCUUCCUUCACCGAGUGGGAUACAAGACGACAUGGACAACUACUCAACAAUAACGUUGCUGUCUGUGAAGCAAUGACUGAAAUGAAGGAUCACGUCACGAAGCAUGAAUCCUACCUUAAGACUCGCCCCGAUGUCAAGUUCGACCGAAGAGAUUUCGACUGCUUAUCCAACAAAUUCCUCUCAAAACUGGUUAUCCGAGCCAACUAG